CGGAAUAGGCAACUUGUAGUGUGCAGCGUGCACGCAGGAAAAGGAGGAUUCCGGGCAAGAUGGCGGCUGUCAAGAGGAAGCGGCAAGGAGGAGGGGGUCCUGAGGCUAAGAGGCCGAAGGGAAAAGGAAAAAAUGCCGGAGCACCCGCCAAACCGCUCCCUCCAGCCCCAAAGAAAACAGAGGAGGAGGAGGAGUAUCGCAUCCCGGGUCCUGUCUCCAAGGGUAAAUGGAAGAAUAAGGAGAGGGUUCUUAUCUUCUCAUCGAGGGGAAUAAAUUUCAGAACAAGACACUUAAUGCAAGAUUUAAGAACAUUGAUGCCACAUUCUAAAGCAGAUAACAAAAUGGACCGGAAAGACAAGUUGUUUGUAAUUAAUGAGGUCUGUGAAAUAAAGAACUGCAAUAAGUGCAUCUAUUUUGAAGCCAAGAAAAAACAAGAUCUCUAUAUGUGGCUUUCAAAUUCACCUCAAGGGCCAUCAGCUAAGUUUUUAGUUCAAAAUAUUCAUACUUUGGCAGAGUUAAAGAUGACUGGAAACUGUUUGAGAGGUUCACGGCCUCUUCUGUCUUUUGAUCCUACUUUUGAUGAAUCUCCGCAUUAUUCUUUGAUAAAAGAACUCCUUAUUCAGAUUUUUUGUACUCCACAAUACCAUCCCAAGAGCCAACCAUUUGUUGAUCAUGUGUUUACCUUCACCAUUAUGGAUAAUAGGAUCUGGUUUCGUAAUUAUCAGAUCAUAGAAGAAGAUGCUGCUCUUGUAGAAAUUGGACCUCGUUUUGUUUUAAAUCUCAUAAAGAUUUUCCAAGGCAGUUUUGGAGGACCAACCUUAUAUGAAAAUCCACACUACCAGUCACCAAAUAUGCAUCGGCGUAUAGUGAGAAUGGCCACAGCUGCAAAAUACAAGGAAAGACAACAAGUCAAAGAUGUACAGAGGCUCAAGAAGAAAGAAGAAAGAACUGUUAUUCCAGAAGAUCCUACUGAUGAUGUCUUUAAGACACCAGCUGAAGAAAAGCCAGUGGAAAUACUGUAUGUGAAACCAGAACCCAAAGUCAGUUUGAAAAAAAGAAAGAAAAAGAUAUACAAAAGACAAAGAAAAAUGAUGCAGAAAGCUUUGAAGACUAAGAAAGCAGAGUGAAUCAGUGGAAAACAAAUGUUUUCCAUUGUUUUGUAUUUAUUUUGCAUUCAUUAUGUAAAUACGUUUUUUAUCAGGACUUUGAUACUUUUGUAGUAGACUGAUGAACAAAUAUAGGGCUAAAAGUGUUUCAUGGAAGAUUUUGUUCAUCUCACUUUUACAAUAAAAAGUGGACAAGAA